CCCAAACUUUCAAUCGCUUACCUGAAGGAGUUAAAAGUAACUCGACUCCCCUUGUCGUCCUGCUCUUCAGGGGAGGGAAUUGAAUAUAAAACCCCGGCGACCGCUGGCGCGGUACUUUGACGCUCGCCAGGUGUUUUGUGGAGACGGAGGACGAAGCAGAACGGACAAGGAGAAUGAAGGUGUUCUGUUUCCUGCUCAUCGCCUACCUAAUGCCAUUAUUGGUGUAUAGUGUUCCAAAGGUGAAAAGACAGACGGAUUAUUGGGGCCCUUGGGGAGAGUGGGGUGAAUGUAGCCGGACUUGUGGCAGAGGGAUAAUUGUUCGCCAAAGGCACUGUUACUCCCAAAGGACAGAUGGAGGGUCGAGCUGUGUGGGUCCUGUCAGAAACUUUCGCACCUGCAACAUUCAGGACUGCCCUGAGGGCUCUCGGGAUUUUCGUGAGGAGCAAUGCUCCAAAUAUGAUGGAGUUAAUUUUCAGGGUAAACAUUACAAGUGGCUGCCAUAUUAUGGAGCACCAAACAAAUGUGAGCUGAAUUGCAUCCCCAAAGGAGAAAACUUCUACUACCACCACAGGGAAGCAGUGUUAGAUGGGACGCCAUGUGAACCUGGCAAGCGGGACAUUUGUGUGGAGGGAGUGUGCAAGCAACUUGGUUGUGACAACAUGUUGGAUUCAAAUCAGAAAGAAGAUCAGUGUUUAGAGUGUGGUGGGGUUGGAAAGUCCUGCUAUCCAGUUCAAGGGACUUUUGAGGUGGCAGACCUCCCUAAAGGUUAUAAUCAGAUGUUUAUCAUUCCUGUUGGUGCUAUGAGCAUCCGAAUUCGAGAAGUGGUCCCUACAAGAAAUUUUCUGGCUAUAAAAAAUGUCAGAGGGGAGUACUACCUGAAUGGGCACUGGGUCAUUGACUUUCCUCGUGCCGCACAUAUAGCUGGCACAGUCCUACACUACGAGAGGGGAGCUGAGGGAGACUUGGCACCAGAAACUAUCUGGGGAAGGGGACCCACUACGGAGCCACUUGCUGUGGAGCUCAUUAGCCAGGAGCCAAAUAAGAAGGUUGAGUAUGAAUAUUACUUACCACUACAGAGCCAGCGUCAAGGGUAUUUCUGGAGCUUUGGGUCCUGGUCUGAGUGCAGUAAAGAGUGUGGGGCAGGAUACCAAGCGCGUCUAGUUUUCUGCACCAUUGACAACGAGGCAUACCCUGAUUACUUGUGUGCACACCUUCCCCGACCUGCUAGUAACAGAACUUGCAAUGUUCAGGCCUGUCCUCAAACUCGACGGAUGGCCUACCUCUACCUGCCACAGGUAUGGAAACAGCAUCGACACCAGCGCUCAGGGGUGUACAGUUGGAAGACUGGCGAGUGGAGUACAUGCUCUACUUCAUGUGAUGGAGGAACUCAGACACGCACUGUGUUUUGUCUCAUUCAUGACACUUCUGGGUCCAGAGUAGUCGAGGAUGCACAGUGCCAGGCUUUCUCUUCUAGGCCACACACUCAGCAGGCCUGCAACUUUCGCCAGUGUGCAACUUGGAGCGUUGGUGAAUGGUCAGAGUGCUCAGUGACGUGUGGUGAAGGCGAGCAAACCCGGCCAGUAGUUUGUACUUCAAGCCAGGGCUCCCGUAUUCAAGAUUUUGCUUGUUUAUCGUUACACAAACCGGCAGUCACACAGAUCUGCGAAACACAGGCUUGUACAACUGAGAUUAGCUGGCAUAUUGGUGACUGGGGCCUGUGUUCAAAGAGCUGUAGCUCGGGCCUUAGGGAACGUCAGGUGAUCUGUGCUGACCGGGAUAGAAAUUUCUACAGCUCGGAGCUGUGUUCUGACGUCGAGCGUCCUCCUACUGUGGAAACCUGCAAUGCCCAGCCCUGUUACUUGUCACAGCAGGUGCCUAGUAUGCCAGACCCUCGUGGCUAUGACAACACCCGUCACGGAAUCUUGGUCCCUUAUAUCCCAAGUGAAUCUUCCACAGUGUACAGGAGAACAGAACGCAGGGAAUCUGUGGGAGGAACGAAAGUUGAAGAGGAACGAAGAAGGAACAACUUACCUUAUAGGUGGGAUUACCAUCCGCAAUCCCGUCAAGACUCUUCUCUGAACCCUGAUCGUGGCUGUGUCCAUUCUCAACAUGGCUGUUGCCCAGAUGGUCUCACACCGGCACGAGGGCCUCAGUGGUGGGGCUGCCCAGGGUACAACUGUGCACAGACCAGGUAUGGAUGUUGUCCAGAUGGUCAUACAGCAGCCGCAGGUCCAAACCAAGCUGGGUGUCAUCGAUACGCUGGUGACAGUAACAAUGGAGGCACCAGACCAUCGUCGAACACUGAUCCUCCUUCUCAUUCUCAGACUCAGAGGACCCCAUCAGAUGUGUGCCGAUCUGCACCAUUUGGUUGCUGCUUUGAUAAUGAUGUGCCUGCCACUGGCCCAAAUGGAGAGGGUUGUCACCAGCAGCCCAGUAACUCUUAUCCUCUUCAUUGUCUUCUUCCCAGUGCCAAUGGCCCAUGUGCGGAUUGGACUAUUCGCUGGUACUUCAUUCCAUCAGCUGGUGGUUGUAACCGCUUUUGGUACGGAGGCUGCCAAGGCAAUCGCAACAAUUUCCAGUCAGAGAAAGCUUGUCUGAAGGAAUGUAAACCACAAGGAGAAAAUGUUGGGUUGGACUAUGGAAGCCAUUUCACAAGGCAGUUACAUCCAGUAGCAGGAAGGGGACAAGACAUCAUGGCUCAAACUGUCAACUUAGGAAAGGGUGUUUCAUCUGAUCGCAGCCAGCAAAGGCUAGCAGUGCAAAGUGGGCAGGAAACUCCAAGGGGGGACACCUGGACAGUGUCUCGUGAUGAACAUGCACCCAGUAGUACCAGUCUGGUAAACUCUCAAAAUAAUCACAAAGUUUUAACUGUUUAUCACAGAGGGGAUCCACUGUUGACCAUUGAAAAGAAUCUGGAUUCUCGAGUAUCAAGUUAUGCUAAUGGCAAAGGGCAAACUGAAGUGUCCUUGGCUUCCAAAGGGCAAAGUAUGGGAGUGGACGGUAAUAACAACAGGAGGUUUUAUGACAGAGAGUCACGGGUGAAUUUUGUGAAGGGUCAACACCGACUUAUACAUGGUGGGUCACAGAAAACACCCUCCCCUACGAAUUCUAACCAUGGGUCAAAAAUAACCGAUGUUCUGAGUACUAGGCAGUUCCCUUUUGACCAAGAUAAUCCCAGAGUUUCAAGUAAGUCUGAGCACAUAAUCCACAAUUCAGAGAGCAUUAACCCUGAAACAGUUAACACCAGAUACCCCACUGAUGUAGGGAUGGGGGCUUUCUUUCCAGCCAGCAAUCAGCAAGGAAGAAGUUCACCUGUAUUCUCACAGGUGAUCACCUCAAGGCCUGAGGUUGCGAAACAUCCAGAAAAAUCCAGAGAAGAGGUAGAAGAAGAGGAUGACUCAGGUGCCAAAGAUGAUCGCCAUAAUGGACAGCCUGCACGUACAGAGACGAGUCUCCAGUCUCAAGUUGGAGUGGUGCAUGGACGGAGUAAUGCUGCCGUGGAUUAUCGUAACACACCGAAAGUGCAAAGGCUAUCCAUCGAUAAGUCUGGUCCUUCAUCAGUCACAGGAAGGCCCGGCCAAAUGGUAAGACUUCCUUGCAGGUUCUCUGCCAGUUCCUCUGUGAAUGUGGAGUGGAGAAAGGACAGCCAUCCCAUCCCGUCCUCCAGGUACGCCCAGGAGCCUGACGGUACUCUGGUCAUUGAUCCACUUACAGCCCAAGACUCUGGAUGGUUAAUGUGUGUUAUUUCAGAUGGGAGGGAAAGAGACCACCAUUUCAUUCACCUGUCUGUCUCAGAAGAUGCCCGUCCUACGGUGUUACCCUCGAAGCAGCAAGGAAGCAGCUUUGUGUCUGGACAGGCGGUGGACCUUUCUCCUCAGAACACUCCGUCAGUAGUGCCACGGCCAUCACACCAGGGGUCUCACAGGCUGAUCAUUGAUAAGUCGGGCCCAUCGACAGUGGCAGGAAGACCCGGCCAGACAGUGAAGCUGCCUUGUAAGAUCCCCUCCUCUUCUGAUGUUAUUGUCGAAUGGAAGAAAAACGGCCACCUGCUGAAGUCCCCCAGACAAACACAACAGUCAGAUGGCUCCUUGAUUAUCAGUCAGCUGAGAAGUGAAGAUGCCGGCUCAUACUCCUGCUCUGCUUAUCGUGGAAAGGAGAGAGACUUCCUGCAGCUGCAACUCAAAGUACACGGGGACCUGAAGAUCACAGUCGCUCCAAACAACGUGCAGGUGUCUGAAGGAAGCAGUACCCAGCUGCCCUGCGUGGUGUCUGGGAACAACGUUAACAUCCAAUGGUCUCGGAAUGGCGCCCCCGUGAGGCCCGAUGGAAGGCACGUGCUGGUGUCCCCGGAUGGCAGCCUAAUUCUGAAUAACGUGAAGCCUGCUGACGAGGGUGCCUAUACCUGCAACGCCUACACGGGGUCCUACUCUGUCAGUGCCAGUGCGGAGAUCAAGGUCAUGAAGCCAUCGCAGCAAGUGCUGCCGUCCUCAGUCAGCAAUCACUUUUGCAUAGACCAGCCUGACCUCGCCAACUGUGACUUGAUCGUCUAUGCCAAACUCUGCAACAAUGAAUAUUAUUCCAGUUUCUGCUGUGCCAGCUGUUCCAGACCUUCCCCGAGAUCCCGGAAGCACACAGAAGAUGGCGGUAAACAUGCAGAAGAGCAGACUGAGACAAGUGAGAGGGUCUAGUGAGGAGCCGCAGCCACAAAGCCAACUUGAUUCCUUCACUUAGACACUAUGUGCCUCCAAUGGCAUUCCAGUAAACCGUGAGUGGGAGACCUGGGUGCAGUCAUCCAGUGGGAGGGGGAUUAUGGGCCAGUAACAGAUGCCUUCAGUGCAGACCUUUUAUUUUGUUUGGUUUUGACAACAUUUAUAACUCCCAAGCGAGUCUCCUUGUACAUGUCUGCAGGGAGAGUGGGGACUUGCAUGGAGGGGGGUCCUGGCAAAGCACCCAAAAAAACAUCACCAGGUGCAAAUGAAAGGCCACCACGGUUCCAUUUACAGGUUUGAUUGAAAUGUGACAAAAUCCUUUGUGUGUCAGCAAACAUAUCAGACGACAGCAGGACUCCUCCGGUCCACAUCCACAGAGUUGCUGCAGGCAUUGUACACUUUUCAGAAUAUCUGCCUGCAGGCAAGGUACGUAAGACAGCUGAGCAAACCUCAUUACAAAAGUGCCUGAGACAGGAAACGAGUCCAGCCGUGAGUUUAGUGAACCUUCAUUCUGUUAUAUUGUGGGUGAUACGUGUGGAAGCCUUCAGACGUACAAAACGGGAGCUUGUGUUUAAUAAUAUAUUAUAGAGGUAACAAAUAUAUUUAUAAUUUAUAGUAAUCCAACGAGAGAGAAUCCAAAAGUAAAGGCAACUUAACAAUUAACACCAGUGACUGUGAGCAGAAGGACAUGACUGUCCCACCACUUCUCCACAAGGUCUCCCUGCAGGUCCACACUCUUCUCGUAUUAUUCCACUGACUUCUUCAUUCCUUGGGAGAUGAAGCUUUUCAGUUACUCCCAAUCUCAUCAUCCGAGGUGAACCUGCGACCAUGCCUAGCCUCUCUUAAGUGGGCCAAAAGAGUGACCAUCACGCACACACACCUCCACCGUUGCGGCCACUGCAUGGGGACGUGGACUUGUCGUGGUGCAGCGUUCCUCCUAUUUUGCCGUGAAUUGCAGAUUUCGGUUUCUCUCUAAACACAGCACGCUACAUUGCACUGGUCACUGAUUGUCUGUGUUCCUGAAAAUGCACCUGCAUGUCCCUAAAGAAGGUGGCCAUGAUUUUCUUGGUGGAGGGCUGUUGUUUGAAUUUCUCCUUUACUGGUGAAGACGGAUGUUUCCACUGCAUUCCUUUGCCUCUUGCUCUCUGGCUUCCAGUGAUGGACCCCUGUCUCAUCUCUGGUGAUUUUCUUCUCAAGAAUACUCAGAUCUUCAUCAUGAUUCGGGAAUUGGGUCUCAACCUCCAUGUGCAGAUCAGCAAGCUGUUUGAGUACCCGUCUUGACCAAACGUUCUGGUACCCCAAGUCAUCCUGUACUAUGGCGGCUGCAGAUCCAUAGCUGAUAUCCAGCAGACACCGUGCUAUGUUGGUGGUCUUCUGUGAUGAAGGCAUUCACCAAGUCCAUGAGAGAUUUGAGUGUGCGAUGCUGGUGGUCCACCAGCUCAAGCUUUGUCAGUUACACUUGAUUGUCCUGCUUCAGACCUGUCUGCCCAAUCAGAACCUUUUUGUCGAGUUCUGCUUUUUUCAGGUUUCACACCCUCCUCCGCCUAAUGAAAUCUGACUAUGGCGCGACAGUGGACCAUCCAUGUUCAGUUGACCCUGGCUUUGACUAGAGUAACGGCAGAGCGCUGCGCUGUGCCUGCUCAGGCUACCCAUAAGCCAUUGUGAAUGUGUUGUCUAGCGCCAGCUUCAGUCCAUUUUCUGCGGUUACCGCAUCAUUGCCUUUACUUUUGGAUUCGCCAUCGUGUUUGCUGGAGGUCUCGAUCACUGGCUCCUGCAGGUGAGCUCAGUCCUCAGUUUGGUUUUGGGAUGCAGUUGUCUGCCGCUCGUCCUCCAUGACACCUGUAGCAGUUACCUAAUUUGUUUUAUUUCUUGUAAGCAGUGUAAUGACAAGCCGGCUCUGUGGGCUAAAAUCCAGGGUCUCUAAGUUUGACGUUGUAAACGUUCAUUGAUGUGGCUGCCUCUUUCUAGCAGAACUGUUGCUCCUUGUAUCCUUUGUAUGUCAGCCUUCAGCUUUGUAUGACAAGGACUCCAUUUGAAACUGAUUUAUGAAAAGUGCGCCAUUGCUGUGAUACAGAAGAUCGUCAAGAACGUCCCACAGUCCCAAUGAGAACAACAUGCAUGGAAGAGGAGUGAGGUGAUGGACGAAGGAGCACAGGCUUCAUCCACACCUCAGGCCGCUGACUUCCAGAUUGGGGGUUAAUCAAACAUGGAGUUAAACGUGUUGUCAUUUUUUAAUUGCAACAUCUCAUAAUGCAGCGUUUCUCAACCACCGUGAGGGUCAUGUUAGGUUGUGGGUUGGGUUCGGUGUUUCCCCACUCUGAUGACUGCACUUGACUCAUUAAGGGUCCCCUCUAACAAUCACAUUUGAUUAAGCAAGGGAGGCCUUCCACUGGUGGGCUGCAAAGACCCCCUAGCCUGUGUGUAAAUAAUAGCAAAUAUAAAAAGAUGACAUGAAAUGUCUUCUCUCCCAGAGCUCUUCGGUUUGGAAUACAAACUGGGAUGUGCCACAUCUGGCCAUUAAAAAGAGACCAUUUAAACAGAACAUCGAACACUGGACGAGAAAAGGCAUGCAGGUGCUUGACUUGCUGAGGGUCAGGCUGUUUGUUUUUAACAGCUAAUCCUUCUUCACAGAACAGUUAGGACCACCCAAGUCUGUCAACAACGUCAGCCAUUGCAGGUGGGACUGUCCGGCUCUUCUUUGUACCGUAUGUAGUGUGCUUUGGAUUGUGUUUUCUGUACAAAUGUUACAUCAUGUAUUUAAAUUCUGCUGUGGCUCAAGCACUAAAUAAACAGGGCAUUGUAAGCUUUGGCUCAGGUGGUCUUGGACUUGUCUCCUUCCAGCAACAGAUCUUUUCAAUAAAACUGUCCUAUGCUGAUACA